CUCCCACCUUAACCAGUGGUUAGUCGCAUGGCGGACGCUGGCUUGACAACACGUACCGCACGGAAGUUCCCGAGUACGACCGACAGAUUGCGAAAGCCUUCAGAAACAACAACCGUCGGCCCUUCCUAAAGGAAGAUCUGUGUGCUGUGAUUUAUCACUCAGGGGGCCGAAACACGCGCAACAACGGACAACCCCAUAGGACCGGGGGGUGCUUCUCGUGUCUCGGGAGGAAGGGACGAUAUUCGCUCCCUAUCCACUGAGCAACGCUGGAUCCCUCCUUCAACUGUUAGACGCGAUGCACUCACCCCAGAAAGCAGAAAUGAUCUCAUCUUUAGAAAGGUGCGGGGUAUUCUUAACAAGCUUACGCCGGAAAAGUUCGCAAAGCUGAGCAACGACCUGCUCAACGUUGAGCUCAAUUCUGAUGUAAUUCUCAAAGGUGUCAUUUUCCUGAUCUUUGAAAAAGCUCUUGAUGAACCCAAGUACAGUUCUAUGUAUGCACAGCUGUGCAAACGGCUGUCCGACGAAGCUGCAAACUUUGAACCUCGAAAAGCUCUCAUUGAAAGUCAAAAAGGACAAAGCACAUUCACAAUUCUCCUUCUCAACAAGUGCAAAGACGAAUUUGAAAAUCGUUCAAAGGCAAGCGAGGUAUUCGAAAAUCAAGAUGAACUCGGCCCUGAAGAAGAAGAACGCCGACAGGUGGCUAAGCGCAAAAUGCUUGGCAACAUCAAGUUCAUCGGAGAACUGGGAAAGCUGGGAAUCGUUUCGGAAACGAUUUUACAUCGCUGCAUACAGCAAUUAUUGGAAAAGAAAAGGCGACGGGGAUCCAGGGGGGACACCGCUGAGGAUAUCGAGUGCCUCUGCCAGAUCAUGCGUACCUGCGGCCGUAUCCUUGACUCGGAUAAAGGUCGCAAACUCAUGGAUCAAUAUUUCAAACGUAUGAACUCAUUGGCAGAGAGCAGCGAUCUACCUCUACGCAUCAAGUUUAUGCUGCGUGACGUCAUUGAGCUACGCCGUGAUGGCUGGGUACCACGCAAGGCUACCAGCACCGAAGGUCCGAUGCCUAUCAAUCAAAUCCGCAGUGAUAACGAUGAAUCUUCGAGGGGAAAUGGCUUCUACAGACGAGAGGAUCGCCUCGGAGCUGAAUUUUUAAGAAACAUGGGACGUGGCGGAUUAGACAUGGACAUGAUGGGAAGUAUUCCAUUGACUUCGUUUGGUAUGCCAUCUCCAUUCAGCCCAAAUGGAUUCUCAGGAAGUUCAGGAGUUGGUUAUGGCCGCCACAACCAACGUAACCAACCGGGUUACUAUCAAAACCAGAAUCGUCACCAAAACAACUAUCAAGGGAAACAUAAUCAACAGCAACAUAACUCGCCGCAAAACUUCAACAACAAUAGCAAUAAAGAACAAUUACGCUUCAAUAAGAACAAGAUGUUAAUUGAACAUCCAGAAGAAGUGUCACUGAGACCAUCAGCUAAUUCUAUGAUGUUUAAACAAACCAAAAUCAAUCGCAACCUACUUCUCAACAGUGAUUUGUUCCCAGGACGAGCCUCAGAAUUACCCCUCCUACCAACCAGUACACUGAAACCCAGCUCGCCAUUAUUGCACAAGGAAUUGCCACCAGCGAUCGUGAUAAAGCAAGGCCCUGUAGACAAACGAGAGAAAGCCAGAGAUCGCAAGGACAAGGGAACUUCUAGGGAGGAAAUAUUGAAAAAGGUUAACGCCUUGAUGGAUGACCUCGCCGCGCAUACGAACAUACAGAACGCAGUAACAGCUUUUCAAGAACUGAAGAUACCAGAACGAUUUUUGCGUCAUGCAGUUUAUACGUUGUAUUCGAAUACAUUGGAACGAGGGGACUCUGAGCGGGAACUCGCGGCCAAGCUUGUGGUCGAGUUGGUGAAAGCAGAGGCGAUCACUGUACAGCAAAUGCACGAGGGGUGGAAAGAACUAGUAUCCAAUAUACCAGAAAAAGAAAGUACCGUGCCUUGUGUAGCAUCUCACGUUGCCUUCCUGACAGCAAAGGCUAUCGUGGACAAUUUAAUUCAAUUGACCGAUCUCGUUGCUGUGACGGAAAAUGGCCAACAUCAUCCAUUGUUCUUACUCGCUCUUCAGCAAUUGCAUAAAAGCCAAGGCAAAGCAAGACUCACACAGAUCUUCAAUGAGAGCAAAGUGAAUCUUAUCAGUCAGCUCCCGGAAGCCGACAAGACGAAAGAGAGAUUAGCGGAAAUUUUAGAGGACAGAGAAUUGACCUUCCUUUACCCGCUUCUUAAGAUCCAAGGAGAUAUAUGGCGUCAAUUAGAAUAUGACCCAAAUCCCAAUACUCUUUAUAAAUGGAUCAAGGAAAAGCUAGAACCUUCUCAUCAUUCUGAUUCAGAGUUCAUUAACGCUUUAAUGAACGUUCUUCUCAAAUACAUUACACAGGAAACAAUACUGGCACCUGGCGUUGAUCCAUCUAACGUAGGCAAAGCAGUGAUGGAUAAGGAAAAGGCAUUACUGGAUAAAUAUGCACGCUUGAUGCGCUUACUCUUUGUCGAUAUAGAGUCUCAAGUGACAGCUCUCCAUGCGCUUCAAGCAUUUUGGUUCUCGCACAAUUUUCCAAAAGGGAUGCUGCUGCGAUGGUUCGAUGGGCUUUAUCGAUUAGAAGUGAUCGAGGAAGAUGCCUAUUUCAAAUGGAAGGAGUGCGUUACUGACGCUUAUCCGGGCAAAGGCAAGGCAUUAUUUGAGGUCAACAGUUGGUUAACGUGGUUAGAUAACGCGUCUACAGAAGAAGAAAGCGAUGAUCAUAACGACGACGACGAAAGCAACAAAAACUACAGAAUGCAAAAGCUCUGAGAAGGAUAUAUUCUUCAGGCUACUACCUAUAAUUUGGAAUAGGGUUUUACUAUCUAUAUUACUGAACCAGGCGGUUUCAGUUUACUAAUUGAGUUGUCUCCAUCCAAUGCCACAAACAUCUUGUUAGUCUGUGUCAAGCCCUCGCGCAAACAGAGAGGACUUCACAAUCAUGUCCAAAAAAAAAAAAAAAAAAAAAUGAAAAAAAAAACAAAGCAAAUGGGAUAAGUUUCGCAGCCUCACGAGUGGUUUGCAGCAGACUUUAUAAAGCAAGAAGUUUUAGAAUGUUUUUAGAUAAUUGAAUAUUAAUAUGAUUUUUAAUCAUAUUAGGCCAACAGAUAUCAACAGGUAUAUACCGCUGUAUGAACAUCGGUGCAGAAAACAAGCAAGGAAAAAGAAAUUAGUCUGGUGAUUUGUGUUGUCAAAGUUUUUGUCUAGUAUUGUGCAUGUGUCACGUUUUGUAAGUCUUUUUGUCCGCGGCACCAGUGAGUCGCUUGUUAUUUCUGUGUACCAGCUUUUACAUUUAUUAUGAGGAAUUAUUAUUAUCUAUUAUUAUUAACUAUUAUUAUUACUAUUAUAUAAUUGAUCACAACAAUCGAAUUGCAUCUUACCUUCCUAAUGAAAAAGAAAAUGACAAAAAAAAGAAUAAUAAUAAUAAUUAAUCGAUCAGGAAACAGGACUGACUCGGUAUCAUAAGAUGUGAAAGUGUGAUUAAUGAAUUCUCUUUGAAGCUAAAAUGAAUUUGUAGAUUCCAAAAAAAUGAACGCCAAGGUAAAGCUCUUACACCAAUCUCUACCACAUACCAUUUUUGUCCGUGUACCUCUACUUGCUGUCGCCCCCCCCCCCCACCCUUCCCGUCCCUCAUUAAUUGUAUCGAUUAAUACUAAUCAGUUGCCGUUGAUUAACAACCAGCAGCCAACAUCACACAGUUCACUUAACGUAACAUAACGAGAAAAGAAAUUAGCGACACGACUAAAAUCGUAUUCAAAAUAAACAUACAUUGGUGUAAUUUAUUACAGAUGGCCCCCUGGUUGUUCUGUCGAUGACCAACCACCUUUACCUUCAUCUCCCGCCUGUAGCCUCCUCGUAGAAUUCUUCUACGUAUCAACACGAUCUUUAUUAGUGCGUAACCCUUCAGACCGACACGAUGCCAUAAGUUCGCCUAAAAACAAGUUAGUGCAAUAUCGCAGCUUUCGUGAUCGGCGAAGAAGUAAACAAAAACCUUUUUCUUUCUCUCUCUCUCUCUGAUUUAGAGAUGGUUCAUCAGUAGUCGUGUAUAUUUUCAUUUCUCCAUAGGUUUUCAAUUGAGUAACAUGUUAAGCCUUGUACGUAUCACGUUAUAUACAUUGAACGUAAAUGUAAGAAUUUGGAUACAUUUUUCAUUGUUUGUGGAUAAUCUGCUUCGGUAUGAUGUAUAUAUUAUUAUUAUUAUUAAUUAUUAAUUACUAUUAUUAUUACUAUUAGGAUUAUAAUUAUUAUCGUCACAUCACUUUCUGAUAUCUGUUGCCGGACUGAAGUGUUAAAAUUAGACUGCAUUUUUUCAUCUAAAUAGGUGGUUUGCAAUUGGAGCAUCGUCAGUCCAAUUAUUUAUGUCCAACGAUCGUUAAUAGAUCUGUUUCUUUCACGGAUAUACGUUUACCUUAGAUACGCAUCAUUCGUGAGUUAGACAAUAUUUUAACAGAAACGAGAAAUGGUGAAUCUUUUUGUUGCGUUUCAUCAUGUGGAAACAGAUUGUUCUUAUUUCCGAACGAAUUGGCGAGUUUGAAUCAUGCGUAUCCAAUGUGUAUUCAAAUCUUUGUUUUAUCUUACUCUCGAAGGUAAUGACCUGAUCCCCGCUGCGGAGAAUUUAAUAUUAAUUUGAAAAUAAUAUUCUUUGUACGUGGAAUACAAUUAUAGUGACAUUAGUGUAAUAUUUAAUGGGUAUUUGUGGUAUACUUACGUGUUUUGCUCGUUGCCUUUUUAUUAUAAAGGAAAAAUAAGACGGAAAAAAAAAUGAAGGAAAUACGUAAACGAUAAUUUAGCCAUGGUAUUUAGGCGAACGAAUACGUCGAACGAUAUUCCAACAAUUUUCUCAUCCGCAAUGUCACAAUGCGAUAUUGUACUUCAACUUUGUUAAUUUAUUUUCUCACGUAUUACUUAUGAAUCGAAUCCAAGCAAAGUAAAAAAAAAAAAAGGAAAACGAAUACGAAUCAUGUAUAAUAUCGUCAGUAUUAUUUCUCACGUAACGGAUUACAUUAUAAUCGUUUUUAAUUGAUCAUAGACAUUAAAACCGAUCAAAUAUCUUUUAUCUUUAUCAAUAAAAAUUUGUUCCUAGGAUUAUCAUCUUUA